GUUAGGAUUCGACCAAAAAAAAAACAUGAGUUGUAAAUGAAUAGUUGCACCAUCAUAUAUUUGUUUAUAUCUAACUAAUUAAUUAAUUUAGGUAAUUUCUUAAAUUGAAAUCGGAAAUCAUCAAAAAACUAAAAGAGAAUAUGACGUGAAAGAGAUGGAUGUUCCAACUCAUUUCUCAUAGCAAAUACCAUACCAUUUUAGGUUUCACAUAUUUCUCAAUUCCAAAUCUAUCAUCAAAUUCAGCACACUUAUUUAUUGGCAGUCUAUCAUUUUCCUCCACCUUCAAUCGUUGUUCUUCGCAUUCCACAGGCUCAAGCCUCCAUCAACAUCAUUGAUCGUUAGUGAAUCAGCGUGAUAUGUUGAUAUGGAUGCAAUGGCACAUAAAAAUUAAUAAAAAUCUACUAAUAUAAUAAAAUUAAAUUAAAAGACAAACUAACAUACUGUUUGGUAUAAAUGAAUUCCAUAAAUUUUGCGGAAUUCAUUUUGAAAUGAAAUAUUUUUGUGUUUGGUAUUUAAAAGAAUUCAUUUUCAAUUCUAAAUUUUGAAUUUUAUGGAAUUGGUACUAGUUAUAGCAAUUCCGAGGAAUUGAGAUGGAAUUUCCAAAUGAAUUCAACAACUAUUUACUAAUUAUAAUAGAAUAACAUAAUUAUCCACUUUAUUCACUAAAUUACUUAUAUAUAUUACAUACCAAACACAAGAAUUCAUUUGACAAAGAAUUUUACACGACAACUCAUUAUAGUUUUUAAGAUUUGAAUAUGACAUACCAAACACAAGAUUUAAUUUGACAAUAAAUUCUAUAUGGUAAUUCAUUUUACAAUGAAAUGAAUUCUUGAUUCAUUUGGUACCAAACGGUACGUAAAAAAAAUUCUUUUCACUCUCCUUACUCGGCCUACACAGCCUCGUCCCUUUCCUCAACCCUUCUUCCCCGACAAUCCAGACUAAACAGAGAAUAACUCGAUAAGCCUGAGACAAACCGAGUCGUCCUCGACGGCGCGAAUCCGCAACCCGUUCGAGAAAAACUCAUCGCCGAGAAAAGCUUGGUUGCCGCCGCCAGGGCUAACGUCCUCCACCUUCAUUACGAACAGUUAAAAAAAAUAGAGCAAACUCCCAACUAGAAAGAAGAAGAAGAAGAAGAACAAAGAACGCAAAUCCCCCAGGGGGUCGUUUGGAUCCAGAUUUCUGGACAGGGAUUUGGGCCAAAACCCGGCCCGUCCCGGAUUUUAACAAAUUAUGCUGUUUGGGUCCGUGCCCACUAAUGCGAGAUUUGGUUCGUGCGGGUUUUGGAAAUCCGGCCCAUCCCGAAAUUGGAAAUAACUGCCCUCCCCCAGGUAUUUUGAAAUCCGGCCCCAAUUUUAUCGUUUAUGCCCAGCGUGUCCCUGCCUCUUUUUUGUUAAUCCAAUUUUACCCUUCAGCACAUUUUCACAGACCUGUCACAUUCUUCGAAUCAAACGCCUGAUGGCUCUCCCCAACCUUCCUCCGCGAUAGAAAGGAAUUGUCGAUUUCCUGACCAGUGGAGAGUGAACUACUGAUCUCGACGGCGCCGAAAGUGAAGGUGAGCGGCUGAUCUUGGCGGCGACGGAAGUGAGGGUGAGCGGCUGAUCUUGGUGGCGAAGGAAGUGAAGGUCAACGGCUGAUCUUGGUGGUGACGGAAGUGAGUGUGAACAGCUGAUCUUGACUUCUUCUAUAGGUGCAACAGAUGCGAGACAAUUCCAGGAUGGGGAGAAAGAGGCAUGCUGGUGGAGAUAAGGAUGGAGCAACCUCCAAAAAGUACUCAUUUUGGCCUGAGAAGCUUGACAAGCCUUUGGUUGAAUGCAUUUUGGAGCUGGUGGAGAAGGGGCUCAUUGUGGAUGGCAAUUGCAAAAAUGGCGGAUAUGCAGCACUAGAAAAGAUGUUGGAACAGAAGGUACCAGGCUGUGGUGUUAGGGGAAGACCCCAUAUUGAAGGACGGAUUAAGAAGUUGAAGAAAAACUGGCAGGCUAUCACAUUCAUGAGGAAUCAAAGUGGAUGGGGGUGGGAUGAGGCAAACAAGUGUGUCACAUGCCCUGAUGGGAAAUGGAAUGAUUUUGAACAAAUGUAUCCGACUUGUCGAGGUCUUAACAAGAAGCCAUUCCCUGUGUAUGAUGACUUGACUUCAGUAUUUGCCAAAGGACAGUAGGAGAGAAGAAGAAGAAGAAGAAGAAGAAGAAGAAGAAGAAGAAGAAGAAGAAAUGUAUGCUGGAUGUUGUUUGAGAACGCGGACAAGUUUUUUUGUUUUAUUAAUGCUAGUUUACUUAUGUUGGAUGUUGUCGGUUUACGUAUGUUGAACAAAGAACUCGAAUAAGGCUGUUGUGUUUUG